GUUUGUUGAGCCUUUGAUUGAGUGAGACAGAGAAAACAGAGAUUUUUCUCUCGUAUCUUUUUUUGUUUGUUUUCUUUUUCUCCUUGUGAAAUCAAAGCUUGCAUUGGGCCAUGGCAUUCCAUUAUCCAUAUUCAACACCUACCUUUUGUUCCCUUUAAUAUUUCCUUCCUCUUUACUUCUAUCCUGAUAUUAGUGUUCCCCACAUCUUUUUUCCAUCCAGAAAUCUUGUUGCACAAGCGAGGAAGAAGGGGUUGCCUUGGACACUUCUCCCCUUGUUCUCUGGUAUGCCAUCCAUCCCCAGGGUUAUGUUAGUUUGAAAGAAGCUACUUGACAUCAAGAAUGGGUUCAGGUGAUUGGUUUAAGACAAUAAUUAGCUCAAGAAAAUCAAAAGAAGGAAGGUCAAAGAAAGUAAAGACUAAGAUUUAUAAAGGGAAAAAGUCCAGCAGUUUAGCAAAUGGCAUUAAAAGCGAAAAUCUAGAGUCAGCUGGAGUAUCAAUUGAAACUAUUGCUGCAACAAGGAUCCAAACAGCAUUCCGAGCUUAUAAGGCUAGAAAACAUUUACGUCGCUUGAGAGGAUUCACAAAACUGAGAACCCUGACUCAAGGUUUCUCUGUUCAAAAACAAACUAGUACAACUAUCACUCAUCUUCAUUCAUGGACCAAGAUACAGGCUGAGAUUAGAGCUCGUCGAAUAUGUAUGGUGACAGAAGACAGGCUCAAACGGAAGAAACUACAUUCUCAACUAAAACUAGAGGCCAAGAUUCAUGACCUUGAGGUGGAAUGGAGUGGUGGUUCUGAAACCAUGGAGAAAAUCCUUGCAAGGUUACACCUAAGAGAAGAAGCAGCAGUUAAACGGGAAAGAAGCAUGGCAUAUGCUUUCUCUCAUCAGUGGAGGGCCAACUCUAGCCAAGGUCUAGGCAAUUAUGAACUUGGCAAAGCUAGUUGGAGUUGGAGCUGGAAGGAUCGCUGGAUUGCUGCACGCCCUUGGGAAAGCCGUGUCCCCACCAGUGUUGCCAUUAGCCCCAGGAAAGAUCAAAUUAAGAUGUCAAGCAAAGUUAAUAAGGUUAAGAAAUCAUCAACAUCAAAACAACCAGUUUCAGUUAAAACUCCUUCAUCUAAUGCUAAAGGAACUAAACCCUUAGGGAAUCCAAAAGGAACUGUUAAAGCUAGAAGAAGAUUGUCUUAUCCUGCUACAGAGAAAAAAACAGUGGAGGAAGAAAAGCAAUGAGUGUACUCAAGCUGAUGCAAACAACAGAACCAUGCAUAUUUUAUAAAGGAUAUAUCGUUUACCAUUAGCAGUGAAAUUGGUUUUUAAGUGGUUACAGUUACAGUGUGUAUAAAGAUGAAAAGGCAAUCUGUUUUCCUUUAUUUAUUGGAUUGCUUCCAAUUUGUGCAUAUGAAUGCGAGUGAAAUUCAAUCUUAGUGAUAGAAAAUGGACCAACAAACCAGCAUUUGUGUGAUUUGUUGAUUGGUUUUUGUUAUCUUCAAUAUUGUAUAUUUAGUGCAAUGUUGAGACGAAUUAUAGAUAGAUUGACAGUUCUUUCUCCC